AGCAGACACUGGGUGGCUGCAGAAAUCCGACCUAAUCGGAUGGGGUAAGGCCUGGUGGCCGGUAGUUUUCUCCGGUUCUUUGUCGAGUUGAUCGAACCCGGUCCGCUGUUGCUAUUUAAGGUGUUCGUUUUACAUUCGCGGUGAGUAGUGGGAGAGAGGGAGGGAGAGAUGGAGGGGAUCGUUGUGGGGAUUCUUUCGAUGCUUCUGGUGUUCGCUCUCAUCCCACUGCUUUGGUGGAGGAGACGUCAGGUCGCUCGUUCCCCUCACGACCACGAAGAUGAACCGCAGCCGCAACAGGCAGAAAGAGUGGUCCGCCCUUCCGGUGCUCGUCGCAUGCGUCGCAGGCCAGCUGCUGCCAGUUCAUCUGCUGCUUCUACCACUGAAGAAGUUCUUGAUGAAAGUGAUGAAGAGGUUGCAGAAGCUGAUUACAUUGCCAAGGCAUCAAAGAAAAAGGAAAAGAAGAAACAGGAACGUGAAGAACAGCGACAGGCUGAGGAGGCAGCACGUGAAUCAAGAAAAACAAAGCAAGAUCGCUAUGCUGAAAUGCGGAGGAGAAAGGAUGAGGAGCGUGAAGCACAAGAGCGUUUGAUGGAAGAAGAAGCUAUGGCUCAGAAGGCCAAGGAUGAGGAAGCUGCGGCUUUGGAGUUUGAAAAGUGGAAAGGGGAAUUUUCUGUUGAUGCUGAAGGUACAACAGAGAUUGAGACGCGAGAUGAUAACCAGGGUUUACUUGCAAAUUUUGUUGAAUACAUCAAGAAACAGAAAUGUGUUCCUCUGGAGGACCUUGCAGCAGAAUUCAAAUUACGAACGCAGGACUGCAUCAAUCGGAUAAUGACAUUGGAGAGCAUGGGGAGAUUAUCCGGUGUCAUGGAUGACCGUGGGAAGUACAUAUACAUUUCACCUGAGGAAAUGAGAGCAGUCGCCGACUACAUCAAACGGCAAGGAAGAGUUAGCAUCUCGCAUCUAGCUAGUAAAUCCAACCAGUUUAUCGACUUGGAGCCAAAGCCUCAAUUCGAUGAACUGACUACGCCUCCGAUUGCUGCUGCGUAGGAGUUCUUUGAACAUUCAAGUGUUCUAUGUGAAAGCAUAGCGCUCUAAUCCUUGUUUCCCUCGUUGUUUUGUUGUUUCUGCGCGACUCUAAUCCUUUUAUGGAUGGAUCAAGAUUGACGUUUAAAUAUGGAUUGCAUGUUCGACGGGUGUAGGGGGCAAAUUUUUACUGAAAGAAGUUUAAUGUUGCAAAGGAACCAA